AUGGCUGCUAUUCUUUCAGUCCUUCAACACUCAUCUUGCCCUGAAAAUAUAAUCUUCCACUUGGUGUCUUCCGUUGCCGCCGACACCUCCCAUCUCAACCUUACAAUCGCAAAGUCAUUUCCUUACCUUCAGUUCAACAUCUAUCCUUUCGAUGAUUCGCCAGUGGCGAGGUUGAUCUCAACUUCUAUUUGUGCUGCACUAGAUUGUCCACUCAACUAUGCCAGCAACUAUCUGGCUGAUAUUGCUAAACUUGCUGCAACUCCUCUGGGCACUAAAGCAGUUUUAGCAGCACCUGAGUACUGCAACGCAAACUUCACCUCCUAUUUCACGCCCACAUUCUGGUCCAACCCCUCUCUUUCCUUAACCUUCUAUUUCACCGCCAGCAAUUCCACCGGUUAUACCUCAACCACAAGCAUCCUCUGCACCUGUCCAACAGCCACCACCAACACCAACCCUAACAAUAAAGGCACCAGCUCCCGCUCUCGCACCCACAAUACCCUCACCAAUUCCACCACAUACGGCACCACCAGCGCCAUGCCAGCACCAACUAUUGCAUCCAGCCACAGCACCAGAUUUGGUUCUCCCACCUGA